AAAUAGGCGCCCGAGUCUCCGCCAUACUCCAUAGCGGUAUAUCGUAUCUCGCUCGUGACGACUACGCGACGCUUACCGACGCUCGGCGUCGUUUUUAUUGAUGAAUUUCUGUAAAUAACGUUCGAAAAUAGUGUAAUUACAACCGGGCACGCAGUUUCGGGAGUGGAAAAUGGAGAACAGACCGGCACCGCUUAGAUCUAGGCGGGUAUGUCGAUUCUGCCUGACAGAGUCCGAGCCACUUAGCUUCAUCUACGAAAAGGACCACAGCAAGCCGUUCCAGGUGCCGCUUACCCUGCAAAUCAUGUCGUGCGUCGCUAUCGAGGUGUACGCUGCGGAUGGAAUGCCUCAGAUGAUAUGCAGUGUUUGUCGCUGGAAUCUUGAUCGUUCUUACAAAUUCAAAAUCCAGUGUAAGAAGGCUGAUGAGGCGUUGAGAGCUUAUCCCGUGUCAGGAGUAUUGCCUCGACCAUUUCCGGCUUUACCAAGUUACCCGCCGGACGUUGGUAACAACAAAACACCUGAUCAACGAUCCCAGAAUGACCAGUCGAAGAAACCUAGAUUGGAGGAAGGUGAGAGGGAAAGACGAGAACGGGAAAGGGAUUGGCAGUCCGACAAGCAAUCUGAUAACAUGGACCAUCACGACAUGUACGAUGAGCAGGAUGGAGGUAGCGAUGGAGGAAAUGAGAGUCCGAACGAGAAAGAUGGUAGGAAACUAGAACCGGGAGAGAUAAGAGUUCACGCUUGCGAUCAGUGCGACAGAACAUUCCCUCUGAGACAAGCUCUUCAGCUUCAUAUUCAGAGAGCUCACAGAGACCGGAACUACAAGUGUACCGAAUGCGACAAGCUCUUCUUUACAAAAUACGAUCUGUCCAAGCACGCGACCACUCAUUCGGAAGUAAAACCGUUCACAUGUCAGAUCUGUCAUAAACAGUUUGCCAGAAUCAGUCUACUGCAACGUCACGAAAAGAUCCACAGAGACGAGCUGAGAUAUGGCUGCCAGCAUUGCGACCGAGAAUUUUUCAACACCGACGAUCUUGAAAAACACGAGGCAACGGUACACAAAUCUGUAAAGCCUUACCAGUGUAACAUUUGUAACAAGAGAUUCACUUACAAACAAGGUCUGGAGCGUCACGAACUACUGCAUAGCGAUGACAAGAACUUUAUUUGCGAGUACUGCAAGGAGGCUUUCAGGUCCAGCACCAAAUUGGCUAAACAUCUGACAACUCAUGCUGGACAUAGGCCUUUCCUGUGCAAAUUGUGCCCGAGAUCCUUCCUGCUCUCUCAUCAUCUGACGAGACACAUGAGAACUCAUUCCGUUGAGAAACCUCACGCAUGCGAGGAGUGCGGCAAAGCCUUCAAACGCAAAGAAAGCUUGGAAGUGCAUCAGCUGACGCACGCCAAACGUGGCAUGGGGCUGACAUGUGAAAUAUGCCAGGAAUCGUGUAGAAAUAGAGCCGAUUACGUUACCCAUAUCAAACAGCACAUCGAGGCAGGUGAAAAGAUGGGUCCUGAUGGAUUAAGGCCAGAAAUUCGGAAAGAGAAAAUUGAUUCCGAGUCUGAGGAGGAAGAGGAAGAGGAGGAGGAUACUGACGGUGAUGAUGAUUACGAACCACCUGCAUCUGUCACGAAAAAGAUUCCAAAGCAUGAGCCGCCAGAGAGUGACGAAGAGAUGGAAAAGUCAGAUAGGAAAGAACAAGUUGUUUACGUGAGGAACAAGGAUGGAAAUUUAGUGAAGAAGACAAUUAAGACAUUGAUGCCCAUUCACAGAAGGGAAAUCCAGGAUGUUAAGGGUAGAUCCACUCCCAGUGGUUCACAGUCUGCUAAAAUUGUAUCAAGUAAAUCAGAAGUGAGAUCUGUCAGCUCGGACAGUGAAUCAACUCCGAAGCUUCGUACCCAGCAUCGAAUGGAUGACACCGAGGCUGAGGUACAAAAGAUAGUCGCAUCUGUUUUCAAAGAACACAAGAUACCCUUCAAACAUCAAAACAUUCCACAGGAACAGUCCAAAGAUUCACCAACGACUGCUAACCUCGGUCAAUCUCGCUCUCAGCAUGGGACACCAGCUUCAGCGUCCAAUCAGUUGUCAACGAGUAACGUAGCUGGUCCAACUCCAAAGGAAGAAGUCUCAAAAACAGAUGCCUUGUCCGCUACUCCAAAAUCUGUCAAUACCGUUAAAGUUAUAAAGCGAAUAGUUGUCAGAAAAGGUGGCGCCGAAGGAGCUCAGGCUCUUGCAUCAAGUAUCAAAGAAAGUGAAACUCCGACGAGCACACCAGGGAGCGCAACUAAAGUUACAAAGAGAGUCAUCGUGCGAAGAAUUAUCAGACAAGGGGAUACUACACGCGAAGUAAUUAUGAAUCCGGACGGAACAAUUCUUGACCCAGCAGAGCUUGCAAAAUUGCCGACAAGAAAUGUUGUUAAGCGAGUGGUUGUGAAGAAACCAAAGGACAAACUUGACAUUCAAGGACACACUUUGCUACAGGUUGCAGAAGACCUCCAACAAUCUGUGACGCUGAAAACCAGCACUUUGGAAUCUAAAUUGACAGAUCCGAAAUUUGAAUUGAAAACUUCUCAAUUGGCAACAAGCACUUCUCAAGGUGACGUGAAGCCGUCGAGUACCCAACUAAAAUCAUCCGAUGGUAAAACAGUGCUAAAAGGAUCAGAUAUGCCAGUAACAUCGACAGACGAAAAUGAAGAGAAUCCAGAAAGUACGAAAGUGAAAUUGGAGAAGCUUGAGAAACGUGUGGAACAGCAAAGAUUGAAAAUUGAAGAGUUGCAAGCACGUAAAAAUCAAGAAGUAGAGUCCGUCGAAGACAUGCUGCCCGAAAGACAAGACGAAUCUGAAGAGGAACAGCAACUGCCUCUAAAACGAGUCUUCGUUAAAAGAAAGCAAAGCGUUUUUGAUGAAGAGAAGGAGUAUGACAGUGAUGAAAAAGAUAUUGUCACUAUAAAAAAAGAAAAACUAUCACAAGACAGUGUCUCAACAUUAGAAAUGCCAAAGAGAGAUUAUAAGAAACCAAUCGUAACGAGCACUUCCAAGGUCUACGGUAACAAAAAGAUUAUUCUGGUGAAAACAGAGGAAUCGCAACAUGUUGACGACAAUUCGAUGAGCCGUGAAUUAAGCAGCAUUCUUGACUCUUCAGAGAAUGUGAUGAAAAUGCAAGAUAAUGUCUUGGGUAAUUUCAGUCAAAUAUCCGCACUCGAGGAAAAUAUAGAAUUAAAAUUGGAGGGCGACAAGUCGAUGGAAGAGGAUCCUACCGAUACCCAAGAAGCGGCGAAAACAGUUGAAGAUAAAACUCGAGAGUCAUUGUUAGAAGAUCUACAAGCUGGCGAUAAGAGUGAAGAUGAAAUAAUGCACACCCAAGACGAAACUGGGGAUAUGGUAGAAAUCCAAAUCAGUGAAAGUACCGUAGGUAACGAAGAGACUCAGCCAGAUUCUUCACUGUCUCUGGAUGGUCAGGAAGGUACCGAACCAGCAGAGGUCUUUGUUGGUUCAGAUUCUGGAUUGCAUCAUCCAAAAACAGAAGUUCCGGAGCUAGAGGAGUCUGUAAUCGAGUUAGCAGAUGAAACGAUCAAUUUGCACGAUUCAAAUGAAACACAGGAUAGCAUUGAGGAUAAGUUAUCACAACUCGAUAGUUAAGAAAAUAUUGACGUCUAAAGAUUUUGGAUUAAGGUUUGAAUUAAGAUUAUUAUUCUAGGAUGACAGAAGCCUCUGCAAAAUAUACAUUUAUUUAGAUAUAUAUAUAUAUAUAUAUAUAUACAUAUGUAUAUAUAUAUAAAGCAUUGGGAGGGCUGAAGAACAAACAUCAAGUUUU